UCUUCGGCAAUAUACGUGUAUUAUUCCGGUCCUUGUCCUCAUCAUUCUGACUAGCUAAUAGUUGCACUUGAGCGUCGAAGAUUUGGGCACGAAUAACUAACAGUGAAGGUUUAAAAUGUUAGGGUCACUUAAAAUAGCCCUAUUUUUAGGAGUAAUUUAUUUAUGUAGAGCCGCCGAAGAAGAUGUACUCGAUCUCACAGACGCUGAUUUCUCUAGCGCCAUAGCUCAACAUGAUACCGCUCUCGUCAUGUUUUACGCACCAUGGUGCGGUCAUUGUAAGCGCUUAAAACCCGAAUACGCUGAUGCGGCCGGCGUGCUAAAGAGCGAUGAUCCCCCGGUUACUCUGGCUAAAGUAGACUGUACAGAAGGCGGAAAGAGUACUUGUGAAAAGUUCUCCGUGUCCGGAUAUCCGACACUUAAAAUUUUCAGAAAGGGAGAGCUUUCACAGGACUACAAUGGCCCCAGAGAAUCUAAUGGCAUUGUCAAAUACAUGCGUGCUCAAGUGGGCCCAAGCUCCAAGGACCUGCUUACCAUUCAGAGCUUUGAAAACAUCAUCGCUAAAGAUGAAGUUGUGGUUGUUGGUUUCUUUGAGAAGGAGACCGAUCUUAAGGGCGAAUUUCUGAAGACAGCCGAUAAAAUGAGGGAAGAAGUCCUCUUUGCACACUCGUCAGCACAAGAAGUUCUUGAAAAGACUGGUUACAAGGAUAAUGUUGUUCUGUACCGUCCCAAACGCUUGCACAACAAAUUCGAAAGUGACUUCGUCGAAUACAAGGGCGAGCCGUCUCUGAAGGGCUUCAUCAAAGCAAAUUACCAUGGCUUGGUCGGCAUUCGUCAAAAGGAAAACAUCCAAGAUUUCACCAACCCGCUCGUUGUAGCCUACUACGAUGUUGAUUACGUCAAGAACGCCAAGGGUACCAACUACUGGAGGAACCGUGUUCUUAAGGUUGCAAAGGAAAUGUCGGAAGUGACUUUCGCUAUCAGCGAUAAGGACGACUUCAUGCAUGAGCUCAAUGAUUACGGCAUCGACUUUGCGAAGGGCGACAAACCCGUUGUAGCUGGCAAGGAUAGCGAUGGAAACAAAUUUGUAAUGAGUGCCGAAUUCAGCAUUGUAGACCUUAUGGCUUUUGCUAAAGACCUAGUUGAUGGUAAAUUGGAGCCUUUCAUCAAAUCAGAACCUGUACCUGUAAGCAAUGAUGGUCCAGUUAAAGUAGCAGUCGGCAAGAACUUUAAGGAACUUAUUACAGACAGCGACAGAGAUGCCCUUAUUGAGUUUUACGCUCCCUGGUGUGGACAUUGUCAGAAACUUGCCCCGGUGUGGGAGGAACUUGGUGUAAAGUUGAAAGACGAACCUGUUGAUAUUGUCAAGAUUGACGCUACUGCCAAUGAUUGGCCCAAGUCUUUAUAUGAUGUAUCUGGUUUCCCAACCAUCUACUGGAAACCCAAGGACAGCUCUAAGAAACCUGUCAGAUACAAUGGAGGACGUGCUGUUGAAGACUUCAUCAAAUAUGUAGCCGACAAUGCAUCCAAUGAGCUCAAGGGCUGGGACAGAAAAGGAAAUGUCAAGGACGAGUUGUAAAACUUAUGUUGUGAUGUAAACUUUCCAUGAAAGAUCUGUGAUUGUAUGGAAUGAGUGGAUGUUGCGUGCAAGAUAAUUUUCAAUUAUGCAAAUUUGAUUUAAAUAUACAUGUAUAAGAUUAUAGUAAGAGUAGUUUACAAGAAAUGAAAAAUGAUCAAAAUUUGUAAAGGACUAACUUUUGUCAUUCCAACGUUUUAUACGAGUGAGUUUUUACCAAUUAUUUGGGAUUUAUCCAUGAAAAUUGAAUGCAAAAAACAUGCAGUUUUAAUGGACUGGAUAUUUUAUGUCAACUGUAUUUGUAGCAUUUUCAUAGAUAAAUCCUCUAUAUAUUAUUCGAAAUACAGUAAUUUUACGCAUUUCUUAUUUGUCAGUGAAAAUUAAUAUAAAUUAGGAAUAU